AUGCCGGCGGCCGAGAGCCGGGGCGCGGGGGGUCCCCGCAGGCCGGCGCCGCUGGCUGCGAAGGCGGCUGCAGCGGCGCGGGGCGAGAGCCGGAGCCACCCGGGGCUGCGGGCGGGAGCACCGGCCGUGCGGCGGGGCGGGCGGCCAGGGCUCCUCCUGCCGCUAUUGUUCCCUGCGCGGCGGUGGAAGAUCCCGUGGCUGCGAGAUCUCUGGCACGGAGAGACUCGUGCCAAGGGAACAGCUCCAUCCACACGAGGCAGGGGCGCCGGUGUUGCCGGGCGUCCCGCCCGGGGGCUGCUGCUACCCCCUGGCCUUAUCCCCAUCCUCCUCCUUCUGCUCCUCCUGGCAGAAGAUUGUCUGGCUCAGUGUGAUAAUGACUGCAAAGCUUACUGCUGUGAUGGGACUACUCCCUACUGCUGUUCAUAUUAUGCCUACAUUGGGAAUGUCCUUUCAGGCACAGCAAUAGCUGGAAUUGUUUUUGGCAUAGUGUUUAUAAUGGGAGUGAUAGCUGGGAUUGCCAUCUGUAUCUGCAUGUGCAUGAAGAGCAACCGUGGGACUCGAGUAGGGGUCAUCCGGACCAUGCACAUCAACACCAUCAGCACGUACCCAGUGGCUCCACCACCAUACAGUUAUGAAUUCGAAAUGGAGUACCCAGCUGACCUACCUCCACCUUAGACUCCAACCCCACAGACUUCGAUACAGUAUCCCCCACCCCCUCCAUACCCUGGAUAUUCAGGGAAAUAAUUACAUGUCUUCACAUGGAUAUUGAGUGCCUGUUGCAACAGCCAGCACUGUUGGGACAAUGUAACCGGCUCAGGGACAAAAUAGGAUGGGGUGUGUAUGGACAGGUAUGGCCCAGCAUUGGAAUAACCUGGAAA